AUGGACGAAACAGCGGUGUGGUUUGAUAUGGUGGGAUCUACAACUGUGGAUGCAAGAGGUGCACGCAGUGUUCCACUGAAAACCACAGGCCAUGAGAAGAGCCGCUUAACUGUGGUGUUGGCUGCGAAAGCAGACGGGACCAAAUUGAAACCUUACAUUGUCUUCAAAGGGGGGACCAAGGAGGGGAAAUUAAUGCAAAAUAUCAGUGGGGUGGUGGUGGCCGCAUCCAAAAUUGGAUGGAUGAACGAGGAGCUGACUGCAGACUGGCUUCAGAGAGUGGUGGGAAAGCUCAACUUCGCCACUCGUCUCCUAGCCUGGGAUUCAUAUCGCUGUCAUAUCAGCGCAGUGACCAAAGCUGAGCUCAAAAGGGUCUACAACAUAACCACAAAGUACAAAUGUACAAAGUACAUACAGGCCCCUGACGUCGUAUGGAACCAACCAUUCAAAGCCAGCCUGCACGAGUCCUAUGACAACUGGAUGGCAGGGGAUGUGGACAAAGAGUACACAGCUGGAGGAAAUAUGAGGGCCCCAGCUCGUCGCUUGUUGGUUUCCUGGGUAUGUGGCCUGACAGUAGCUUCUGAUGGAAGUGAGGAUCACCUUAUCCAUUGUUUUAAAGAGGGAGAGCCGUGCGCAUCUGGACGAGAGCUGUUAGUGCAAGCAAGGCAGGCAGAGUUAGCGGAGGCUGGAGAGGGAGAAGUGGAGGAGAGCGACAAAAGCAGAGUGGAGCCUAUUGAGAUCCCAGCACAGCCUGAUCCAGAGCCAUCGUGUGUCCCAGAUCCUGAAGCAGAAGCUGAAGUAGAUCUGGUUGAUGUACAUCAGUUGUGUGUCGCAGGUCUAAAUGGUCCUGAACCUCAAGUGAAAACAGAAACUCAAGUGACAACAGAGUUGUCAAUGUUACAUAAUGUCCUUCUUAACAUUUUCCAACUGGAGCGUCGCAUGUGCAAAUGUAGAGUUAUGUGGACACCUAUCACUGAGGUCUGGCCCAGUGUCUUCAUGGGAAAUGAGGAGACAGCAAUGGACCGAGUCAAACUGAAGGAGAUGGGUAUUACUCACAUCCUGAACACUGCGGCGUACAAGGAAUAUCCAGAAGGAAAGAUCGAUAAAAAAGCGGGAUAUUACCAAGAAAUGAACAUCACUUACUAUGGUGUGCUUGUAAUGGAUGAACACAGGUUUGACAUCAGCAAGGACUUAUUCCCAGCUUCAGAAUUCAUCCACAAGGCCCUAAGUAACACAGAAAAUAAGUUGUUAGUGCACUGCAUAGAUGGUGUCAGCCGCUCUGCCACAUAUUUUCUGGCAUACCUGAUGACCCACCAUGAAAUGUUGUUGGAGGAUGCCAUCGACCACGUCAUACACAAGAGAUGGAUCAGGCCAAACAGGGACUUCUUGAAGCAGCUGAUAACCCUCAAUUCAAACCUCGUAACACAGGGGAAACUACAGAUAAGAAAACCGAUAAACACAGAUAAAACAAAAAACGGAGAGGACCCAGUUGCGCACCCUGUUCCAGAACCAUUGUGUGAGCCAGGUCCAAGCAAACCUAAACCAGAACCUCAAGUGGCAAAAGAGCUUUCAGUAUUAGAAAGUCAUGUCUCUCUAAGAGUCCUUCAGCUCCAGGAUCGCCUGGAUGAAUAUACUUUGUACUGCACACCUGUCACUGAGGUCUGGCCCAAUGUCUUCAUUGGAAAUGAAGAGACGGCAAGAAACCGAGCCAAACUGAAAGGGAUGGGUAUUACUCACAUCCUGAAUGCUGCGGCAGUGGAGAAGAGCUUGAAGGUCUUGUUUGAAAUUCCAAGCAAGAAAAGCCUAAAAGGAAAGGUCAAUACAGGAGUGGCAUAUUACCAAGGCAGAAGCAUCAAUUACUAUGAUGUGCCUGCAGAAGACAAAUGCUCAUUUAACAUCAGCGAGUACUUCUUCCCAGCCGCACAGUUCAUCCACCAGGCAUUGAGUAACCCAGAGAAUAAGGUGUUGGUGCACUGCAAAAAGGGUCUCAGUCGCUCUGCCACACUUGUUCUGGCAUAUCUGAUGAUUUACCAUGACAUGAUGGUGGAGGAUGCCAUUGACCAUGUCAUGGAGGCGAGACACAUCAGACCCAACAUAGGCUUCUUGAAGCAACUGACAAACCUCAAUUCAAACCUCAAAAGUCAGCGGAUACUACAGUUAAAAAAAGGUCUACAGUAA